CGGGCGUCACGCUCCAUGGCCGAAUGGGCAGGCGGGGAGGGCGGGCCCGGGGCCUGCAGGGCGGGGCCGCGCUCGGGCUGGAGCGAGGGGCAGGCUCCCAGGAUGUUUGCCCAGAGCUCCCGGAACUGUGCGAGCCCCGUGCUGCUGCUGUUGCUGCUGGGCUGUGUCCUCUGUCCUGCAGCACAGGCCAGCAAGAGCUCUGAGGACAUUCGCUGCAAGUGCAUCUGCCCCCCGUACCGCAACAUCAGUGGGCACAUCUACAACAAGAAUGUGUCCCAGAAGGACUGCAACUGUCUGCACGUAGUGGAGCCCAUGCCAGUGCCCGGGAAUGACGUGGAGGCCUAUUGCCUGCUCUGCGAGUGCAAGUACGAGGAGCGCAGCACCACCACCAUCAAGGUGAUCAUCAUCAUCUACCUGUCAGUGGUGGGGGCCCUGCUGCUCUACAUGGCGUUCCUGGUGCUCGUGGACCCCCUGAUCCGCAAGCCAGACCCCUACACCCAGCCCCUGCACAAUGAGGAGGACAGCGAGGACACUCACUCCCUGGCCACAGUACCCACCCUGGCUGGCGCAAGGGCCAACACAGUGCUGGAGCGGGUGGAGGGGGCACAGCAGCGCUGGAAGAGGCAGGUGCAGGAGCAGAGGAAGACAGUGUUCGACCGGCACAAGAUGCUGAGCUAGGCCCUGCUGCAGCAGGACACCCCGCUGUUGGAAUGGAACCUCCAACCCUCCCUGAUUCACCAUCUUCAGAGGGAGCAGCAGCUCCAAAGGCUUCUCUGGUCGUGUCCCCUGCCCUUCCCCCGCCCAGCCACACUCGCCCCUGGGCUAUGGCUGCCACGUGGAGCUCGGCCAAACACUGGACUCCAUGAGCCCAUCCCAGCAGGGAUAGAGGCUGGAAACAGAGUGCUGUGAGCUGGCUGAGUCUUCCUGGGAUAAAAAUAGUGGGAGAAUUUUGAUGUGGGAUAAAUUAUGUGAUGUUUCUCCAGGAUGCAGCAGCCACCUCCUCCUCCAGUAUGCACUGGUGGUCCUUGGGCAUUGUGGUGCUGAGCCACACAGGAACAAAGAGGAGGGGGUUUCUGCCAGCGUGCACUGCUGCUUCUGCUUAUCCUGAUGUAAAUGGAGAGAUUUCCAUGCCUGUGGAGUCUGUCCAGGUUUACACCAGCAUAACUGAGACUGCAGCUUGCUUCUGGGCAUGUGAAUAUCACAAAACUUAGUACCUACAUCAGUAAGAGUCCAACAGGUAAAAGGCUGAUUUACAUUUCUAUCUUUCUGUGCUUUACCAGUAGAUAAAAACUUCCUGGGGUGAAACCUCUUGAUUUGUACCCACACUGGUGAUCCUUAGUGUUCUCCCACAGUGGGCCAUAGCAUUUGUAUCCAAGAGAACUGGGGCAAAGGCUCUCCUGCAGCACUGGAAACACUUGUCAGGGCCCUGGGACUUGGACACUUGUGCCACUCAGAAUACUCCAAGAGCUCUGACAGGACUUGGGCUGUGUGGAGGAAGCUGCAGUGGUUCAGCCACUGUAUUGAUUCCACUGGAGAACAUUUGGAGUUUAUGGUGUAACAUCUGCAUAUUAAAUGCAAAGAUCUA